AUUACUUAAUUAAUUUUAAUUUAUGAACAGAAGUCCUUUAGCCUUUAAUUUUACAAUUCUGACUUAAAGGGGGAUCUUCUAACUUUUAAGAUAUAUAAAGGACUUGGUUUCCUCAUAAUUAGUAAUUUGUAAAAACUAAAAAUAAACUUUGACUGCAAGUUUCCGGUAGCCGAUUUAUCAAUAGCUUAAAUGUCACACAAACCGACACCUUAUAGCCCAAAUUUUCCUCCUGGGCAAGGCUAUAUGUCACCAAUGGAAAGAGAAAAGCAGAAUGAAAGUUAUCCAAUGAAUCCACAAGGAGGCUAUCCUGGUCCUCCACCAAACCAAAUGCCACAACCUGGACCAGCUCUACCACCAGGAGCACAGCCGCUGCCAGGAAUGCCACCUGGUUUCCAACCUGGAUAUCAAGUAGGAUUUCAGCCUGGCUAUCAACCUGGAUACCAACCUGGUUUUACGCCAGGCUAUCCUCAUCCACAAUCUGGUUACCCUGCACCAGUCAUGCAACAACCAGCACCUCAAGGCCCUCCCGGUGGAUGGAUGACUAUUCCACGAGGGCUCAGCAAUUGUCCACCAGGCUUGGAAUACCUUUCUAUGAUUGAUCAGUUGCUGGUGCAUCAAAAAGUUGAAUUACUAGAAUCUUUUGUCGGAUUCGAAACCAAUAAUAAAUACACUGUGAAAAACAAUAUUGGCCAAAAAGUAUAUUUUGCUGUAGAAGACAAUGAUUGCUGUACUAGAAACUGUUGCGGUCCGAUGCGUCCAUUUGAAAUGAAGAUAUUUGAUAAUUUUCAAAAUGAGGUUAUUCACCUUCAUCGCCCUUUAGCUUGUGACUCCUGCUGGUGCCCGUGUUGGUUACAAAGCAUGGAAGUUUCGGCUCCUCCAGGAACAGUUAUUGGAUCCAUUGAACAAGAAUGGUCUAUCUGUAAACCUUGCUAUGUUAUCAAAAACUCAGCGGGUGACAUUGUUUUAAGAAUCAAAGGACCUCUUUGCACAUACUCUAUUUGCGGUAAUGUUGAAUUUAAUGUGUAUUCUAAAGACGGCGACACAAAAGUUGGAAAGAUUACAAAGCAGUGGUCAGGGCUUGCACGUGAGGUAUUCACUGAUGCUGACUACUUCGGCAUAACACUUCCUAUGGACUUAGAUGUGAGGAUAAAGGCAGUUCUGUUGGGAGCGUGUUUCUUGAUUGAUUUCAUGUUUUUCGAAAAAAGCAGAAACCAUGAACAAGAUGGUCCAGGAAUGCUCUAAAUUAAAAUAAAUCAAAGAAACUACGUUUUACUUUACCAUUUAUAUAUCUUUACAUAACGUUUUGUUAGUUUAUAUAUAUAUAUAUAUAUAUAUACUUAAAAAUUGUAAUUUUAUGUUGACAUUUAAGAAUAAUUUUUCAUUUUAUUUAAUUGUAUUAUUAAGUCGUAGUAUUAAUAAUGGAAAACAAACAAACUUUAGUGUUAAAAAAGGCUUUCUUGCUUUGUGUACUAAUUCUUAUGAUUUUUAUAUUUGCGUUUUUUACUAUUUUUUUCUGAUGUGUUUAUAAUUUGUAUUUAUAUGAAGAUUAUUAGUUAAGGACUUCGUAAAUUGAGCACAAUUUAUUUUUGUGGUUGGGUUAAGCACUUGUACUUGUUUUACAAUAUUAUUUUAAAUUUAAAAAAUUAUGACAAGAAUGAAGAUGAAGUUUCACCAAGUUACAACAAUCGCAAAUAUAAAUUAUAACAGAACUUUAACAUUUCUAAUAUAUUGUUUUACUUGGGAAUAUUAUAUAAUCUUUGAUCAAUAAAAACAUUGAUACACCACGAGCGCUCAUAAUACGGCAUUGUAAAUUUCUAGUAACCGUAACUUUAGCUCAGUCGCGUGCGGCAAGCUGAAACAUGCCUAAGUAUUCAUUAACAUCCUCGAAAUCUUUUUUCGUUAAAUCGAUUUAUUCUACAGUUUUUCACUCUUUCUUUGUAAAAUAAUUACUCAAAACGGCAGAAAUUAUUAUUUUUCAAAAUAACUUGCAAUAACAGUUAGUGGUGUUGUUGUCUCUUUCACACGUUUUGAAAUUACGGAGUGAAAUUCUCAGAAAAAUUACUUCAAUUGUUUAGUCUAAGACCGCAACAUCCAUACUUGUAUGUUAAAAUAAAGCUUCCAUUCUUUGAUCUUAUAGUUGAGUUUAUUACAGCUUUGGUAGAUAUAUAUAACUAUAGUUUCAUAAAGUACAAAUAAAUUUUUUAAGUCCAAAUUUUAAGAGAUGUAACUGUUAUUAUUGAUCAAAGGAUAUAAGUCAUUAGUUUUCUGUUUUAUUUUAUGUUUUCACAUCUAGUAUUGUGUGUCAAAAUGUGUCUCCACUUGGUGCUUUACUAUAGCCGACGCCAACGCUUUAUAUAUUAUGACUAUAGUAGAAGCCAACACUUAGCGGCAGUCACCACCAAAAACAUGUGAACGGCGAUGUUGUACUCUCGCAUGCACUUACUGAUCUUAUGGAUGUCCUAAUGAUGCGCUGCAUUCCUAUCGUUAACGCUAAUUUCCAGUUAGUGUUGAAAAAUUAACAAUUUCUUUUAUGUUUAAGAAUUUGUUAUUAUUAUUAAUAAUAAUUUAUACAAUAAUCUAUACUAAAGUUAUAAAUAAAAGAAAACUGUAUAACUAAAAUAAAUAAUAACAAUUUUUACUCCAAAUCCUCAAAGAUUUAAUAAGUUCAAUUUCAUUUUAAAAUUAUAGUUUAAGCAUUAUUUAAUGAGUCUUUAUGGAAAAUUAAAAAAUAAAAGAACUUGAAAUUCAUUUUUCAAACCGCAAUGGUAGCCUUGAGCGAACGCGCUCGAUCUAUCGACAACGUGUUCUGCACAACCCUAGCUCUUACUAGCUAUGAGCAUUAUAACGUAUAGACAGUUAUGGAAACGUCUAUUUACUUUAUAACGUAUAGAUAGUUAUACAUAACGUUCAUAACUGUCUAUUUCUUAUAACGAUCCGCAACGCACAGAGUACCUUUAAACCGCAACGCUGCAACGUGAUAGUUAUACAUAACGCUCAUAACUGUCUAUUUCUUAUAACGAUCCACAACGCACAAAGUACCUUUGAACCGCAACGCUGCAACGUUGUGACGUUGCGUUGGCUUGGAAUCGUGAUUCGUGAUAUUAAAACAUCACGCACUCGCUGCCGUACAAAAAUAAAUGUUAUGCCAUGUACGAUAAGAACGAAACUGCAGCGGGGUUCAUAUUGAAACGUGUAGGUGAGAGAAGCGAAAUUCGAGAAAUAAGUUUAUUUCUUUCUUUUUCAUAUAGAUACAUGUAUAACUAUCUCAAAUUGUCAAUGUGUCUUUUUUAAUAAAGCAAUUUUAGACCU